AUGAAGUUCACCAAGAAGGCCUUAGCAUCUAAGGUCAACUCGGUGCGUCCUUAUAAAUCGCGCUCCAAGAGACCCUGCGACUUUUGCCGCCGCAGAAAAACUUGUUGUAUCAUUGAGAAGUCCAUUCCCUGUUUAGCUUGUGUUCAGUUUAACAAGGGUAAUUGCACUUUUGUCGCUGGGCCUUUGAAGAGAAGUCGUAAGUCGGACUCAAAGCGCAUGUCUCUUGCUCACCAGCAGCAACAACAAGUUGAAGAUGAGCACCAGCAUCUGCAACAACAGCCACACUCCCAUUCUCAUUCUCAGCCUCAACAAAAUACCCAGUCUAUAGACGACACCCCUUUGCUCGCUGGGUACAGCCUUAAUAUGGACUAUCAAAUGAACCAGUCCUACGCCAGUGUCCACAGCAUGCCAAAGGUGCCUGCUCACCCUGUUCAAGGGACGUUUCUUCACGACUCGUAUCAGAGUCCUCACCUCAUAUCCAACAACACCAGCCUGCCCCAGCUGUCACCUCAUACACCAGCAUACAGUUUCCAGUCGAACUGGAGCUCUGGGGAGAGUGCCAGCGGCACGUCGGUGGUUGUUUCGAACGCUGUGAUGCCGCCUGAGCUGCGGCAGCUGAUGCUGAGCAACUCGAGCCUGUUGAGUAAUAUGAGCACUGUCAGUGCAUUAAGCAUGGGUGCUACGUAUCCAUACAGUGGUUACGAUAACGUGGACCAGAGUGGAGGUUUUCACGGUUAUAGUGGACUGGCGCUAUGGACGGACGCCAGUGACUACGAUCUGUUUGUGACGAUGGAGCUGAUGCCAGAAGAGCUCAAGAGAGACUACCUGUGCCUGCUCCAGGCACCUUCGAGCAAUGCCAAUACAGGUGGUACGUUGAUGGCCCCAGUGCAGGCGCUUGGGUUUGAUGGCCAUAGCAUGGAGAAUGGAGAGUUUGGUUUUGGAGACGGACUAGUGGGGCCUGGCAUGGAGUAG